AUGACGGUGUCCGUCUCCUGGAGAAAAUCAUGGGGCUCACCUUCUGUGGGCAAUACCAUUCUUGUGGCUGGGUUGAUUGAGGCCAUGUUCAGUCUGUGUAUGGUGGAGAGCGAGGCAGAUGAAGUAACCCUGCAAGGAGUGACCAGCGUUGGACUAAAGCACGCUUUAGAUUUCGCCUACACCGGACAGAUUCUGCUGGAGCCGGCUGUCAUCCAGGAUGUCCUGUCUGCGGGCAGUCACCUUCAGCUGCUGGAGCUCCUCAGCCUCUGCUCAAGCUACCUCAUCCAGGAGCUAAGCAGUGUGAACUACCUGGAGCUGUACCGUGUGGCCGACCUCUUCCAUCUCCCUGCCUUGGAGGAGGCUGUGGUGGCUUUCCUGGUGGAACAUCUGUCUGAGCUGAGCCAGAGCCGACAAGACGAAGCCCUGCAGCUGCCCUACCGCCUCCUCAGGGAGGUGCUGAAAAGUGACCGCCUCACCUCUCUGAGCGAGGAGGAGAUAUGGAAGUUGGUCGUUCUCUGGCUAGAACACGACUAUCGCUGCCAGUACGCUGAGGAUCUCCUGCAGCUCGUCCGCUUUGGCCUGAUGGACGUCCCCUGCUUGCACCACCUGGCCCACACCUCCCCUCUACUCCAGUCCUGCCCCACUGCCGCCGCCCUGUUGGAGGAAGCCCUGGACUACAACCACGCCACCUUCUCUCAGCCGCUCCGCCAGUCAGCCAUCACCAGGCCACGCUUCCAGUCCCUCACCCUCUAUAUAGUCGGGGGAAGAAAGCGGGAGGUGAGCAGAGUCAGGGAGCUGCGCUACUUCAACCCGUCGGCACAGGAUCACGUACGGGUGGGAAGAGGGUCGAACUGGAGCGAGAUGGCGCCCAUGCCCACGGGGCGCAGCCAUCACUGCGUGGCUGUGAUGGGGAACUUUCUGUUUGUUGUGGGCGGGGAGGUGGAGCACGCUACUGGGAGGACGUGCGCAGUGAGGACCGCAUGUAGAUACGACCCCAGGAGCAACAGGUGGAUUGAGAUAGCUCCCAUGAAGGCGUGCAGGGAACACUUUGUACUGGGAGCUCUGGGUCAGUACCUGUACGCUGUGGGGGGCAGGAACGAGCUGAGGCAGGUGCUUCCCUCUGUGGAACGCUACUGUCCCAAGAGGAACAAGUGGAUGUUUGUGCAGCCCUUCGACCGCUCACUGUCCUGCCACGCCGGCUGCGUAGCUGAUGAUCUGCUCUGGGUCUCAGGCGGCGUUACGAACACAGCCCAGUACCAGAACCGGCUCAUGGUUUACGACCCGGAGCAGGACCAGUGGCUGGCCCGCAGCCCCAUGCUGCAGAGGCGCGUGUACCACGUCAUGGCGGCCGUGAGGAGGCGGCUCUACGUGCUCGGCGGGAACGACCUGGAUUACAACAACGACCGCAUCCUGGUCCGUCACAUCGACUCCUACGACAUGGACCUGGACCAGUGGACGCGCUGCUCCUUCAGCCUGCUCACAGGUCAAAAUGAGUCUGGAGUAGCCGUCCAUGAUGACAGGAUUUAUGUGGUGGGAGGAUACUCCAUUUGGACCAACGAGCCUUUGGCAUGCAUUCAGGUGGGAGCUGUGACACUUACGAGUUUUUCUACAGUCGGCUCAUCACAGGGAAUCUCUGACCUGAGCCGCAUCGCAGGACAAAAGCCGCUCUGCCGUCAGACGAGGCUGCAAAAUGACUAG